AGCAGGCGGCGGACGCGUUCUUUUUUCGCGCAGACAUCCGUUAAUAGAAGUAAGUGUGAACUGAAUCUUCGGUUACUCUGGACGAAUCGCAUGCACCGAUAUCCAGUGGUCACUGACGGAGCCAUGGUGGGUCGUCGACCGACGUACAAACGCCACGAAGCCACGGGCUGGGUCUUCCCCCGGGACGGUUUUGAUUGGUCAGACUUCGAAGCGGCCUGUCGCUAUCGGCCGCGCGCCGAUGACAUACUUGUUAUGACGUACCCGAAGUCAGGCACGACGUGGGUGCAGUACAUGCUAUACCUGCUCGUACACGACAUGGCGCCUGUUCCGGCGGGUCGCCGCCUAGACAGCUUCGCGCCGUUUCUGGAGAAAGGAGGCCUCUGCCUCCUCGACUCCCUGGUGAAGUCGCCCAGGCCCAUUAAGACGCACCUAUCAUUCGACGUGAUGCCCUGGCACCCGGAGCCCCGCUACGUCUGCGUGCUGCGAAAUCCCAAGGACGUGUGCGUCUCCUUGUACCACCAUGUGCGCGGCUUCGAAAGGUACUACCACUUCGAAGACGGCAGCUUCGACGAUUUCUUCGAGGCUUUUGUGGAAGGCGAAGUAGACUCGUCCGAUUACCACGAUCACCUGCUCUCCCUCUGGAGCCAUCGAGACCAUGACAACGUCCUGUUGCUCAAGUACGAAGACUUGAGCGAACGACCCCUGCAAGAAGUGCGUAAGCUCGUAGACCACGUGAGACCCUGCUUCCCCUCUGGCUGGAUGGAGCCCGACUUGGAAUCCCUGGUGGCUGCGGCGAGCUUCGACGUCAUGAAGGCCCAACCUACGGAACAGUGGGCUAGCUCCAGGCCAGAUCACGUGCCACCAUUCAUUCGCCUUGGUCGGGUGGGCGACUGGCGCAAUCAUCUGACGAAGGAGCAGAGUGAGCUGCUGGAGGAAAAGUUUGCCCGAAAGACGGCUGGUACGGGAGCCGAAUUCCUCUGGCCAACGGAGGUGAUGGUCGCCAACGGGGACUGAUACGUGACACUUAUACCGAGAAAAGUAGACUCGGCAAUCACUUUACACCAUUUAAUUGAAAAAGGUCAGAGAAAAAGCAAUUGUCAUUUUAGCAGAUACGUGAGACAGCAACCGGUGCACAGUUGCGCGUUUACAUGCGCUCUGAUUCAAGAAGCCUGGCAAGGCCCAGGUCACAUCAGCCACCUACCGCCCAGACAAGCCCAAACAGCCUUCAUUUAUUACUAUUUUUCGUUAUUUCCAUGCGUCCUAUCUGCAUAUUUGCUGUUCAAAUUUUCGUUUCUAUCGUAUUGAUUCGCAACACCUGUAACAUACGCUCCAUACCUGCCAGCCUGCGAGAUAUAACAUCCCUAAAAAUCCCGUGAACAGAAGGGAAAAGUAUGGCAUACAUUCUGAAGAACUUCGCCCUGGUAACACACUUUUCCAGCUACACUUUUUUGUUUUCACAAAAAUAAUUUACGAGAGUAGUUAACCAUCCUAGCACAUUCCAAAAACUAAUGUUAAGACUCGUGCCACUAACAAACAUACUUAUGAAUGUACGAGUAUUCGCUUCGUCUGUUUCUUUUUUUUUUUUUUUUUUGGUGCAUGUCGGUGAUAAUGUAUGAUAACUUCGAAAAAGUGUGCCAGGGAUAAGCGGGACGCCGUGGUGGGGGACUCCGGGGAUUUCUACCACGUAGGCUUAUUUACAUACCAGAGAAAUGUACUAACUACUAGGAUUUCUUUUUUCGCGUUGCCGCCUGCAUAAGAACAGCCUCUGUGACAUAACUGGAACACGUGACCUUUCCAGGACAAACAUUAGUGACUGACCACCGCGGCUGGCAGGCACACAGUGAGAAAUCAGCCUUGCGAACAUAUUCGCAUUUUAAGGUAUGAAUGAGGCCAAGUUGAAAAGUGCAUCUUCUUUUGUUUUCCAAUAUUACUGUUUCUUCUUUUGUAUAGUUUUUUAAUAUUUUGCAGAAAUAAAUGUGUUGCUACAUUGUUUCUUACAAGUGAUAUACCAAAAAUGUAAUCCUAUACCCGAUGUUUGUGAAACCAAAACUGAAAGGGCCUGUUUCUAGUGAAACAUGGAAUUCCCAUAUUGUGAUUUUUUUUUAUUUCACGCCAACAUUAUGAGUAAAGAAGUAAUGAUAAUCUCAGGUAUUUUUCAGCAAGUUUUUAUCUUUAAGCUAUAUUGGCACGUAGACUUGUUCAUCUUUCUCGGGUGAGCGCUUUUCACCGUGUAACAAAUGUCAUCGCUCAGCGCAGGACGCGCCCGCACGUAUCGGAAGUUUCUCGAAUUUUAUCGAUGGUUCUGUUUUCACCAGAGCUUGUGUAAUCUGAUUGAUUGUGCGACGCGAAUUCUGUAGAACUUUCUGGAACACACGCGGGCACCACCGAUUACUACUCUGGAACCUUCGAUGACUCGUGUACAAAAGCCGACGCGAUUGACCGAGAUUUUCGACGACUGUGUUCGCCGCCGUCGUUGUUCCUUGAGUGUGGCCUAUUUUUGAAGGCACAGGUUCGCCCAAUAAAACGCAAGCUUCGUCACUCACA